CUCUCCCCCCUUCUCCAUAGUUCAAGUGCAAAGUUUCCUUCUUCCAAAGCUUGCUUUGAGCUGUCAUCAUGAGAAUUCAGAAGCCUGCAUGGUUGGAUGCACUCUACACGCAGAAUUUCUUCGCGCCAUGUUCGUAUCAUGAGACGGCCAAGAAGAACGAGAAGAACGUGUGUUGCCUCGACUGCUGCAUCAGUCUAUGCCCUCAUUGCGUACCCUCCCACCGAUUUCACAGACUCCUUCAGAUUCGCCGGUAUGUUUACCACGACGUCGUUCGGCUCGAAGAUCUCGAAAAUCUCAUCGACUGCUCUAAUGUCCAGGCUUAUACAAUAAACAGUUCAAAGGUGGUGUUCAUCAAGAAGAGACCACAGAACAGGCAGUUCAAAGGAGCUGGGAACUACUGCACUUCUUGUGACAGAAGUCUCCAAGAACCUUUCAUUCAUUGCUCCUUGGGUUGUAAGGUGGACUUUGUGCUAAAACGUUACAAGGACCUAACACCAUUCCUAAAGCCAUGCCACGCUUUAACCCUAGGCCCCGACUACAUCAUCCCUCAAGACGUCGGACUCGACGACGAUGAAGGCGACCCCGACUCCUCAGACGCCGCCGUGGACCCCAUGGGGCCCGCGAGCUGGUCCUCCUCCGACAACAAUUACCCUCACGACAAGAACAUAGUGAGGAAGAAGAGAAGUGGGUUCUACGUUUGCGGCAAAUCGGCGGGUAACAGUUACAAGGCGGUGAGCGAUGAUGACGUCAGCGACAUCUCCACUUGCAUCAGCCGACGCAAAGGCAUUCCUCACCGGUCACCUUUGUGUUAAUUAGGAAAAACAUCUUUUUUGUUUACUAAAUAUUUCGUUAUAUAUAUAUAUAUUUAAUGGAA